UUCACUUUUGAAUUUGAAUGCAGCCCAUUACACUCUAAUUGAACAAUUAUCACCUGGAACUGAAACACACCCAAUCAGUGCAGCAUUUGACAAGCUAGUCUCUGGUUUGUUUGCCCAAAACCUUUUGAUUUCCUUAAAACCUAUAGCAAAGCUUUGUUGGUUUGUUUGCUGAUGCCUUAUUUCUGCAUAUAUGGCGGCCGCCACGUCUAUAUUGCAGCAUUCUUAUGGUAUGGGCCCUCGAGGUCCAAACCCAACAGUUGGAGCUGAGCCACUCCGUGGAUCCCAACAGGCGGCUUCAGUGCCAUCAGGUCAACCACGUCCUGAAGGGCAACACCAGAAACCUUUCUUCUACAUUCAGUCUUCACAGCCAUACCUGCCUCUGCAGUGGUCUGUGCCCAUGCCUGUGUCCUACAACCCAUACUAUGCCUAUCCUGGUUUAGGUUAUGGCUUACCAGUGAUGCCCCACUAUCAACCAAACCCAUACAUGGAGCCACCUGGCUUUGUUGUCCCCCAUACCCACCUUCAUUUGAUGGACUAUCGACGCAUCCUCAACCCACAAUAUUACCAGGCCAUGGCCUACCAUGCCCGCAGGUUUCGCUACCAGGACCACUCUGCAGCCAGAGAAAUGACCAGCUCUGAGGUUCAAACAGAGCCUCUAGCAGCAGUCCAUAGGACCAGCACCCUAAAGUCUAAUGAGUGUUUCAGCCACAACGCCUCCGGUAUCCCUACAACUCAGAUGGUUUCACCAGCCUUGGCUAAGCAGAAGGAGAUUCCUUCUCCAGAGCUCCAGGACAUGACAUUUAAUUCCACCACCAAUACUCCCUCAAAAGGCAGCUUUGUCAUUGAAACAGAGGAGGUGAGAAUUGAAUGCUGCACCACACCAGUAGGACUACAACUACUUCAUGCCCACAAAACUGCAGAAAUGUCCCACAGCUUUUCCCAGGACGUGGUCCAGUGUAACUCUAAUCUUCAGAGCAGCGUUCUGCAGGACAAACAGCUGCACCUUUUUGCAGAAAACUCCAACCAGGCUCUCCAAGUCUCUCCUGACGUUGUGUUUGCUGGGGAGCCCACCAUUGGUAAAGUUCCUCUUCUAGAGGACUCCGAGAACCAGACUACUCCAGUCACACUAGCCUUUAAUUUAAGGUCUCAGGAGGCAGAUUGUGACAAAGCUGAGGAGAUGGGAGCUGAUAAAAAUCUGAGUAUGACUGCUAAGAAUUUUCACCUAGAAGUUGUUGAUUUGCCUUUUGAUCCCAAGCAUCUCGAUGAAUUAAGGAAGAUUGAGUCCACAGUCUGGUCAACGGAAGAAGCUUUGACACCAUCCACUGAAUCACUGAUACAAAAUGCUCCCAUGAAGACUCACAAAGAGGAAUUGACUGCUUUAGCUGAAGCAACUGCACCAGAAAUGCUUAUGUUAAGAGAGGAGGUUCCUCCCAAAGAAGUGAUUCCUAGAACUGAGAUGCUACCUCUGGUAGAGAAUGAACUAGAGGAUGUUAUUCCCACUGUGGGGAGACUGGGAGAUGAGAUGGCGUUAGAAGUCCCCUACCCUGUCUCAGGAGACACCCGUAUGUCUGCAAUGACACACACAGCAGAAAUGGCUUGUCCACCAAACUUGAUAGACUUGGAAAAUCCAGCAAUGAAGACAAAUAGAAACCAACUGAGGAGACAAAGUGAUGUCCAAGAUCAUCACAAUACAUCCUUUGAAUCAUUGCCUGCCUAUCUCCCUUCGACUAGCUGGUUUUCUAACUUUGAGAAUUUCUAUAACUGCAGCAAGACUCCACCGGCACCCAAGAAGCAGCGCAGACCUCUGAGUGAUCGUGGUUUAGAUGUGCCUAACAGAAGAAGAAAACUAGACUUGGAGUUAAAAGAGCUACCUAAUGUUCACAAGCCAAAAGAGAGGUACAAGCCCAAAGGCACGGUGGAUCGACAAAGCCUCUCUGACCAUGAGUGCUGGCUCAGCAGAAAUUUAAAUGAGAACUUGUUUAGCCCUUAUGUGUCCAAGAUAGAGCGAUUUUGUUCCAGAUGUCUGACAAAACGCAGGAUCUCCACAUCUUCUGGUCCAGGAUGCGAUGGUAGGGGUUUGAAAAGAAAAGCUGUUCCCUUCCAGCAGUGGAAUGACACCCUUUUACCAACAUGUGAUGAAUGUAAAUCUCACACGAAAAGACGACUGAUUAGAAAAAGUUCUAAUCCUGAUCUUUUUGCUGCCCAGCAUGGACAUAAUGCAGAAGGAGAAUCCUCUGGGAAUACUUCAUGUCACAUGGGCCCAAAACGGAAAGCAACUGUUGACAACAGGAAGUUCACAGACCCCAAAAAGCUGCUGGCAUCCAAACAGAAUGUGAACAAAUGUCCAGUGGCACUGUACCCAAAGCUGAGGGAAAAGAACUGUGUGUGCAAUGAGCUGCACCACCAGCCUGUUACAAGGGAGAGGCUGCACCACUGUCCCCAUGGCAACACCAUCCAAGAAAUGGACGAGAACUGUGCCAUGCCAGUUUCCUUUCAGGACAAAGAGAGGAUCAUAGACCGCAUGUGCCUUAAACACAGCUGGCAUUCUGGUAAGGACAAAGUUUUCAACCAGAACCUAAACCGACAUGAUGAAUUGUGACAUUUCUAAUGUUAAACUUUGUCCAAGGGAAGUCAUUCACUAGUGUGAUGCCCAAUGCUGAUCAUGAAGGCUUUAAGAAUGAAGCCAGGUCACAACACUUGAAUAAGCACAAGAAAUCACAACCACAACUGAAAGGUUUGCUUUUGAUCUCACUUCCCUGCUCCUCAACCACUGGCUUAUUGUCACACCCAUGAUAUGAAACCUGUGAAAUUUUAAGUCAAAGUUGUAAAAAUGCAAAAUGCCCAAUUUUUAUUUUUUUUUUUUAUUUUUUUUUUUGGUAAAUGUCCACCUGCAAGUGAUAUGCUACACUAUAAGAUUGCACACAAUAUAUAUAGAAUCAGUUUUUACAGUCAACAGGUCCAGCAUGAGUUAGCCAGGCAGCUUCUCUUAAAGUUUCAUGUCGGGAUCUUUGUGCUUAACUUGGGACAAAGAAAUGGUUUUGCAGAAUGAAUAAUGUUACAACUUUGAAAUAUGCACAUAUUAAAUCUUUUUUUUUUUUCCCCCCUCAUUGCAGGAACUCUCACAAAGACUCACAAUGCUGAUUU